AUGGACAGGAUGAUCGAGGAAGUAGUUAAAAGGAAAUCAAUGGUGCCCAGUGAGGAUCUCAAGGCAUUGCUCAAGGAGAAAAGGCCUGGGAUCCAAGAGCCCAUGCCAAAUAUCGAUGUGGAGUACGAAUUUGUGACCAAGGUUGAUCCUACAAAGUUUGCAGCAUGCCCCAUCAUAGAGGCGGACGAUGGAUACUACUUCUGCACCUUUGAUGGAAGAGAUCUGAUGUUUGAUCCCAAACAGGCAUCCCCAUACAUUUUUCUUCCGUUUCCUCUGCGCAGAGCAAUAUUCCACAGAAGUGGAGAUAGGGUGUAUUUCAUAACCUUAGACACGUCCAACAAGCUGCAGUAUUCCUUGCUUGUUGAUGGAUAUCCCUCUGAGGAAAGAUAUGUGAUUUCGAGAAAUGUACUACAGGUCACCAAACAGUCAAACCGAGUCUUCUAUGUCUCCACCAAGAAUGAGCUUCUAUACAUAAAUAUGGUUGUGGAAGAUGGCGGGACUCUCAGAGGACGAAUGUGUAUCUCUGGAAUUAAGUCAAAGCCUGACAUUGGUGUUUUCUAUGCCAACUCGACACUGUUUUUGAAUGUUGGCUCUGUAUUCCAGAGGGAAGACGGAAAAGAGCUUCCAGUUCAGGGAAACAAGAUGUGCGAGAUUGGAGGCAAAAUCCUUGUCUUGGAUGGGAAGGAAGAGGACCUUUGGCUCUUUUUAUUGGACGAAAAAUAUACCGUGGUUAGCCGGCUAGAAAUUCCGGCAGUAGGGCGUUCUACCGACUUGUUUCCUCUGGGCGACAUUGUUGGAAUAGUUGCCCGUAGGGCUUUGUACCUGAUUGCUGAAUCUAACGGGAAUCUGUUUGUAGCGAAGGAAGUUGCUCUAAAAACACCCCCGCUAUACAUAAGCCUUUAUCUGAAGGAAAACGUUAUAAGAAUAUCUGAGAUAGUUGGAGAUGAAGCCUCGCUUUCUGGAGAAGCAAGUUCUUUUGCCCCAAAAGACUCUGUCAGCGCGUUGGGCAGCUCUAUUGAGAAGAGCUCUGGGCCUGUGGAAGCUACUUCACCUGAGGUCGGAGAUGAAAAGGCAGACUCUAACAAUGACUGCAUCCAGUCUGAUGUAAAGUUUCCAUCAUUUGACGAUUCUCCCUAUCCAAGUUUGUUGCUGGGAGGUCACGAAAGAACGGAAGAAGGCUAUCAUGAUAUAACAAAAGGAGGAAAUGGCUUAUCUGGAUUAGGGUUCUCUGCAGAUGACUUUAGCCCAUACGUACCUGAUAGAAGCCAUUCUGCAGAGAUUAAGUUUCUAAGCGAAAAGAUAAAUGCAAUGCUAAAGACUCAACAGGACAUUGUGGAGAAGAUGAAUAAGGUUGAGAAAGACAAUAGUGAGAGAUUCAAGAGAUUGGUAGAGAUGAUGUCCAGGCCUGAGGAACUUCAGAAGAAAUACGGUACACAGGAGCUGUCAAGAGGUGAACUGCAUCAGAUGAUGGAAAUUUUGAGCAGUCUUGGGGCCCGGCUUAGAAGCGAAAGCUCAAACGAGUCUAAGGUUCUGGAUUGUGUCAAGAAAAUUAUUCUUGGAACCUUGGUUCCUGCGGUCGAAGCUGCAAUGGAUGAGAUUCGGAUUCAGAUAAUAAGUGAAAUACGGCUCAUUCACAGCGACGACCACCUUAAAAAUGUCAAGAAGGCUGUAGACUGCCUCCACAGCUCUUUCAACAAGCAGAACGAAAUCAAAAGCCUUAUUUCCGAAGGGUUGAUUGAAGAGGCGGCAGAGAUUGCUGUCAAAGGGUCGGAGGCCAAUCUUGAGGCCUUCAUCUCCAAUGUCGAGAUAUCGUGUCUGGAGCAUCUUGCAUCCUCCAUGCUUGUUGCCCUCCUCGAAAGAGUCCUGGUUAUGGCAAAGGAUGACUUCAAGCCAAGUCACCAGAACUUCACUUACAUGGUAAUGAUGUGUCUGGAGCCUAAUGACCUAAGCGACGAAGAAAUUCAGGUGCUGGAGAUUCUAAUGACAUAUAUCGAUAACAUCGAAGACCUUCCUCUGAGUGAUGUCAAGGGCUUGUCGGUUCUUUUGGACUUUCAGAGGCUUAAGCUGAACAAGAUCAAAGACAAGAGAGGGAUUAAAUGA